AUGAAGACUUGUCUUCUUCUCGGCUCUCUCGGGCUGCUGUCCAAAGCAGCUGCGGCAAACACUCCCGUCGCAAAGCCCUUCACAGUCAAUCUUUCUUCACGGGUGCCUCAUAUGCUUGAUCUUAUCCAGAGGACUGUUCUUCCUGCAGCAGAGCUCCCAGCCGCCAAUGCAAACCUGAAUAUGAGCCAGACAACGGGAAUCCCGCUUUCUACGCUCAAGAGCCUGCAGAAGGAAUGGUUGACUAGCUUCAACUGGACAAAGGAACAAGAACAGAUCAACACAUACAACCACUUAACGGUCCAAAUCGGAGCUCAAAAUGUCCACUUCAUCCAUGAAAAUUCCAAGGAUCCCAACGCCAUCCCCCUCAUCCUGCUUCACGGCUGGCCCGGCUCGUUCCUGGAAAUGACACACCUAGUCGACCAGCUCAAGAGCAACUCCAGCCAGCCAUUCCACAUCGUGGUGCCCUCCCUCCCCGGCUUCGGCUUCUCCUCGCCCGCGCCCAGCGGCUGGGAAAUCUCCGACACGGUAACCUUGUUCAACACGCUCAUGACGCAGGUGCUGGGAUACAAGACGUAUGCCGUGCACGGAACGGACUGGGGUAGCGGCGUGGCGUUUGACAUGUAUGAUCAGUUCAACACGACGGUGAAAGCGGUGCACUUUGCGUUUCUGCCCUUCUUUUCGCAGACGCCGGAGCAGUUGGCGGCGCAGGGCAUUGCGCUUGCGGCGGACGAGAUUGAGCUGGAAGAUAGGGCCAUGGACUUUGAGAACUCGGGCACGGGAUACUAUAUUGAGCAGACAACGACGGCAUGUCACCUGUCAUUUCCCUCUCUCCGUCAUGCAGGGUCCGACCCACGACGAGGCACCGGCCCGUCCUUGAUGACGGACAAUGAGCUUCUCAGGCAUGUGUCUCUGUACUACCUGACGCAGACGUUCGACUCGGCCGCCUUUGUUUACGCCCAGAAUCCCGACGGCUUCUCGCACACGUACCGAACCGCCAGGAGCGAGCAGCCUCUGCUGUACACCAACUUUCGGUACAACAUUCUGUUUUACCCGGAGAAGCUGGUGGCGACGAUUGGCAACCUGGUCUACUACAACAGUGAGUCCAACUACCCGGAGACAGACGAAGUCGAGUUUGGCGGCCACUUCCCCGGCGUGGACAACCCGGCAGCGCUGGCCAGCGACAUUCGACUCAUUGGAAAAUACUUUAAGCCGUAA